ACAACUCUUAUGGUGGAGACUCUUUCGGAGGUGGUAACAACAACUCUUCCUUCGGUGGUGGCAACAACUCCUAUGGUGAUGACUCUUAUGGUAACUCUAACAACUAUUAAUUCAGUGGUUAUUAAUUCCUUAGGUAAUAAUAAUAUGCAAUCUUCCAAGAGCAACAAAUCCUAUGAUCAAACUUCAAAUUCCAACUCGGGACUUAGUUCCGGUCCUUUGGACGUCAGUACUUUUAUUAAUGCCUUUUCCACGUUGGGGGGUUUUGGAAACAAUGGCGGCAAUGUUCAAAAGUCGGGUAGUCAAGGUUCCAACUCUCUUAGCCAUGCUGCAGUUUUCAGUGCCGUUCAAAAGUACUUUUCUCAAAAUGGCGAUGCCUUAGCUAAUGGCCAAGGUCAUUCUAAUCAACACCAAAGUGAUUUUCUUUCCAUGGUAGAGCAAGAGGCCCAAGGCUUAAUGAAUAACAAUGCUUCCGGACAAGGUCGUGGUAUCGGUGGUUCCGAAGGGGACGUCAAAUCAUCCGUUGAAUUGGCAAAGACUUUAUUCCAAAACAGAAAUAUGCUUACCAAGCUGGCCGAGGCCGCUGGCUCUUCACAAGCUAGUGGAAACAGCGCCGUAUUAGCUACUGUCGUCGGUUCUUUCCUUGGAGGUUCUACUUCCAACAACUCAAACGCCGCCAACAACAAGAACCCUCAAGCCCAGACUCAUGGCUUGCAAGAAAUGGCUGCUAGUUUCUUGGGCCCUGGUAACCAAAACUCCAAUCACAAUUCUAACAAUUCCCAAGGCGGUGGUUUAGCCGGUUUAGGAAGCUUAGCUGGUAGCUUUUUGAAUUCUGGCAACAACAAUUCCGGCAACCAACAAGGGAAUGCUGACUCUGGUUUAGCUGGUAAUUUGUUGCAUGCCAUUUCUGGAAACAACAACCGUGAUGACGAUAAUCAAGGUCCAUCUAAGCAUUCGGAAGGUGGAGAUGGUUUGGUAGGCAAGGCCAUCAACAUGUUUAUGCAAUAAGAACUUUUGGGGGUCGUGGAACGAUUCAUGUAGAAGAAUAAAACGGACAACAUAGUUUACUUUGUUUAGGUACAUAUAGAAA